AUGGGGAACCCGGAUCUUCCCUCAUUGGGCGCUGACACUUCAGACAUUGUCAACAGCAGCACAGUCGCCUCCAAGGUCACCACCAAGCCUCCCGCCGACAGACUGCCCGGAAAUCCCACCCCCGCCCCAGCGCCUGGCAGCCCCGCCCUCAAUAUCCCCGGCAGUUCCCCCGGGCCACGACAGCAUGAGCACCAUCCUAGCAUUGUGCCCGCCGACCCCGAUGAUGUGCAUGACGUUGACGAGUUCACUUUCACGGAUGGCUAUGCUACGAGCUCCACCGGCUCGACUAGUGUCACCUCUUCCGUCUACGCGCAUACGUACGAGAAUGGGCGGCGCUAUCAGCACUUCAAGAAUGGUCGCUAUCCGAUCCCCAACGACGACGAGGAGCUUAACCGCGAGGACAUGAAGCAUGCUAUGCUGCUAGAGCUGUGCGACGGGAAGCUGUUCUACGCGCCCAUUGGCGAGCACCCGCAAAAGGUCCUGGACAUUGGCACGGGCACAGGCAUAUGGGCGAUUGAAAUGGGGGACCGGUUCCCGGAGGCACGCGUCCGGGGUAUCGAUCUAUCCCCAACACAAGCGGUCUGGGUUCCCCCGAAUGUCGACUUUUUGGUGGAUGAUUGCGAGAAGGAGGAGUGGUUGGACCGCGACGUCGAUCUCGUGCACUUCCGGUUCAUGACCGUCAUUCUGAAGGAUGUGCCAACCGUGCUGAAACAUGCGUAUGAGAGCUUGAAGCCCGGCGGGUGGAUCGAGCUCCAAGAACUCUGCGCCGAAGUCCUCUGCGACGACAACUCCAUGCCGGAGGACGACCCGGUCAAGUACCUCUACGAAGUGGCCUACCGCGCCUUUGCACAGUUUGGGAUGGAUGUCCGGCUCCCCAAAGUCCUAGAGCCCUUGUUGCGCGAUGCAGGAUUUGAAAACAUUCAAUGCAUCGUGAAGAAAGUGCCGAUCGGUCCGUGGGCCAGGGACAAGACGCUGCGCGUUAUCGGCAUGUACCAGAAGAUGGCCGUCCAGGAACUGCUACCUGCCCUCGGGGGCCGGCCUUUCUCUGCCCUAGGUUUGUCGCAGGUCGAGAUCCAGGCGACGCUGGGUCGUGCCAGGCACGGGCUGGCUGAUAUGAGCGUCCAUCGCUACUUUCGCUACUUUUUCUGGUUCGCACAGAAGGCCCCGAAAUGA